AUGGAGGUCGGUGAUAAUAAAAUAAUAUCUGAAUUAAGCGACGACAAAAAAUCAUUUGCUGGAAUACCUGAAGCUGCAUUUGUGGAAGAUGUUGACGCUUAUAUGGCAUUGCCGGAGAACAAUGGCCAGGUAGACAAAGCACUUAAGAGGCUGGACGAGAGUCACAGCAAGUACAAAUUCAUGGAGUUCAACUUAGCGAGUAAGAGGCGAAGACUUAGGUCCCAAAUUCCGGAGCUCGAGAGAGCGCUGGAGAUGAUUAAAAAAUUGCAGGCUGAGAAGAACAGUAGCCAGAACCUCGAGACGCAAUUUUUAUUGUCUGAGCAAGUAUUUGCUAAGGCUAUUGUCCCACCUACUGACAAAGUGUGUCUGUGGCUUGGUGCUAAUGUCAUGUUGGAGUACACUUUGGACGACGCUCAGGAAUUGAUGGUUAAAAAUAUCGAAACUGCGAAGACAAAGUUGGUCCAAGUUGAGCAUGAUUUAGAUUUCAUUCGCGAUCAAUUUACCACCACUGAAGUUAACAUGGCCCGAGUUUACAACUGGGACGUGAAGAAGAGACAAGCUGCUAAAACUACCUCGAAAUAA